AUGAAGACUCUGUUUGUUUUCGCUGCCUGCAUUCUGCUCGCUCAAGCUCUGACUGACGAACAGAAGGAGAAACUCAAGAAACACCGCACUGAAUGUCUAACUGAGACCAAAGUUGAUGAGGAGCUGGUGAACAAGCUGAAAGGUGGUGAUUAUAAGAUGGACAAUGAGGCCCUGAAGAAAUAUGCUCUCUGCAUGAUGAUGAAGUCAGAACUGAUGACCAAGGACGGCAAGUUCAAGAAGGACGUCGCUUUAGCCAAGGUUCCUAACCCAGCUGACAAGCCGACCGUGGAGAAGCUUAUUGAUGCCUGCCUGGCCAACAAGGGCAACACUCCCCACCAAACUGCUUGGAACUACGUCAAGUGUUACCAUGAAAAAGACCCCAAGCAUGCGAUUUUUUUGUAAUUGCAGAACACCAGCUGCCUUCGGAUUCUUUCUAAGAAUUUUCUGUUACAGCCCUUUUCUUUUUUCCUAACAAAAAUAACAUUUGAACUGCAACGCUCAAAGACGUCUUUACACCACCGAAUUCAAGUUGCGACUGAUUUAAAAUUGCUCUACAUUUUUUGUUGUACCCUCAAAAAUACUUAUAUUAAAAUGGUAAUUGUUUAGGCAUAAUUCGGAUUACAGGGAUUGAUUUUAUUUGAAUUAAGAAACGGACUUAUUUUUGUCAACUGCCUUUACGAAUUUAUUAAAAUCAUCAGUUUAAGAACUA